AUGAAUUUAAAUCCAACUUAAAUUGCUCAGCAAACUCUAGAGGAACUCGAUUAAAGUUACUAUGAUAAAUUAUAUGGCAAGUAGUAUUUUUAAAAUGAAUAAUAUUAGUCAGAAGUGAAAAAAAUAUCUCCAAACCAAUUCUAAGAUUUAAAAAAUUUAGAUAAAAGUAAUAAAUGGUAGAAAUUAUAGAAAUGUAUAAUAAUUAAUCCAUUUUCGGCUAAGAAAUCAAUAUGGGAUGUGAUUGUAAUUUUUAUGGUGUUUUAUAGUUGCUACACAUCGUAUUUGUGGGCAUCUUUCUGGCCUCAAGGAUUUGAGGAAUACUACUAUAUCGAAAUCAUGAUAGAAAUUUUCUUUUUGGUAGAUAUGGUUGUCAACUUCUUAACUUCAUACUUAAUUAGUUAUGAAACAAAAGAGAUAACUUAUUCAGUGGUAGAUACAUCAUUAAAUUAUAUCAAAAAGGGAUUCAUCUUUGAUGCUCUUGCCAUAUUCCCAUUUAACCUAAUAUUUCCUCAAGCAAAUCUAAAAGUUCUUUAGAUGAUUCGUAUUUUAAGAUUUUUCAGAGUUACUGACGAAAAUUCAAUCUGCGAAAAACUGAAUAUUUUGAUUGAUAAUAUCAACCCAAGAGAUAAAGUGAGAAUAUCAUACACGUCUAGAUAUUUAUAUAGGAUAUUUAGAUUUAUUCUGAUUGGAUUCUCAAUAGCAUUUUUCUUAGCCUGUGCAUGGUAUAUAUACUGCACAUCUACCUGGUCUAAUUUUGAAUUUGAAGAUUAAUAUCUUUAGCAUACUAAUGUGCUUAAAAAAGUUAUUUUAUCCUAUUAUUUCAUACUCAGCACUCUUGCUACUGUUGGAUAUGGAGACUUUGUUCCUAUUACCACUUAGGAUAGAAUAAUAGCUAUCAUAAUUAUGAUUUGUGGAGUAGGUUUCUUCUCAUAUAUUAUCAAUAACUUCAAUGAUAUUAUGAAAAAUUAUAGAACUAAACUUGGUUAUAUUGAUAAAACUCCAGAAUUGGAAGAUUGGCUUUUAAGUUUAAACAAAGUUUCUGAAAAGUCGAUGGACGAAAAAUUUGUGAAAAAAAUUUAUGACCACUUUAAUUACUAUUAUAAGAAUUAUAGGUUAGUUACCUUAACAAAAGAAGACAAAUAUUAUCAAUUAAUGACAGAUAGCGAAAGGAGAUAAAUGAUUAGACACUUGUUUCAAGAUAUUUUUAGUGGUCUUUUUAGGACUUUCUUUUUAAAGGAAGGAAAGACUGAGUUUUCUGACUAUAAUUUCUAUAUUGAUAUAGCCUUUGCUCUUCAGCCAAGAAAAUGCUAAGAAAAAGAACUUAUUUUGCAAUAGGGAGAACAUGUAGAAGAAAUUUACUUCUUGAUUGAUGGAGAAAUUGAAGCCAGCUUUAUGGUAGACGAUAUAAAAAUUUAAAAAUACUUUUCUUCUGGUUUCUAAUUUGGCUGUGUGUAAAUUCUAAGUAACAGUGUUAGUAAUUUUACUUACCAAGCAACUUCUCCUGUAACGCUUUAUGUCAUAAAAAAAGAUGCCUUUCAUAAUAUCUUUAACAAAUAUACAGAUGUAAGGCAAGAUAUUGUUUUGAACGCAUUUAGCACAUAUAAAUUUACUCGAAGAGCUAUGAUGGAAGCAUUUACACAAUAAAUAUAGCAAAAAUUGAAUAUCAAGUUAAACAUACAAUAAUCUAAUUAUUUAUUUGAUAUUGUAAAUAAAAAAUUCUAAAAGGCGAAAAAGAAGAUUAUACAAAAAAAUAUAACUACAUUUUCUAAACCCCUAAAGAUUAAAUUUAAAGAACUAUCUGAUUCAGAUUCAGACUCAGAAAAUAAUAUCAGCUUUGAUGAAAGAAUGAGUAACCUCUAAGAUAACAUCAAAGAACUUAAUAAUAUUAUUUCUACAGUUCAUCCUAUCGAAGAGAAGAAAUAAAAUUUAUAAACCAAAAGUAUUUUCUAAAAAAUUAAUAUUAAAAAAUGA